CUACCAUUCUGACCGGCCGCACUUCGGUACGGUCGCUGGAAGAGAUGCCAGGAUGCUGUUUCACUUGGAACAAACGUCACCCUUGCUGCCUGCCUGCCAGGGGUACAAAUUCCGCUAUGUCCGCCGACCCACCAUAUAGAUAUUCAGCCUGUCGAUUUCCGAUCACUUAACGUUAGUCAACACCAGUCAUCGCCAUCAAAAUGCCCGUUACGGAGCUCGCCUGCCUCCGUCUCAAGAACGGCCUCCCCCUGAGCCACGCUGACAAUACGGCCCUCGGCAUCAAGCUUCGCGCCGGGGUAGAAGAACAAGCGAAAUACGCCAACGCCAAAACUUCAGUCCUGUCCCAGAUCGAGGACCCCAGCUACAUCUACAUCCUCGGAAAAUGGGACUCGGUCGCUCAGCAUAUGGAGGAAUGGGUCCCGUCCCAGCGGAACCAGGACAUCAUGGCUGGAUUGAGCGAGGGCCUGGAGCUGGCGUGGAUUCGGCAUGUCGAUCUUGCCAGCGACUCUGUCGAGGAUGAGAGGAUCCCGUAUUCGGCGCCGGUCGUUGCGAUCGGACGCUAUGCUGUCGCUGCGGAAAACAUCGGCGGUUUUGGAUCGACUUUCGCCGGGACCAAACACCAUCUGAAGGGCUUUGGGGGGCGAAGGGAUAUAUCGGGUGGAUGGUGCGCUGAUCGAGACGGGCAGUUCAUUCUCUUUUCGGUAUGGGAGGCCGUGGAAGAGCAUUAUUCUUUUGCGCAGAGCGAGGGGUUCACAGAGUUUGGCCGUAUCAGAAACUAUCUUGAGGAGUUUGAGAUAAAGCACGCGCGGUGGGAAUUUACCCUGGAUUAGGCUCACUAUUCUCUGUCAUCUGGAAGCCAAAUUCAGGUCAAGGGCCGUCUGCGAAAAUAUAUAAUUACGGUGUCGUAGCCAUCAGGUGAAAAAGAAAACAUGCCCUCUC